GAUAUCACCAUUCACGUGAUUUGCGCAUGGAUGACUUCCCGAGGAGUGGGAGAGCUCAUUUCACUGCAGAUCUUGUGGAAUCGAUGCAUUCGGGGGAGGUAUAAGAAGUCUUAUCCCCCACGUAAGAUGAAGUCUCUGCUGUCUUACUGUUGGAGCAAUUCCCUCCUUGGACACAAUGUUGUGGUGUCACAUUCUCCUCAGCUCGGCGCUCCUUGUGGGCGUAUUCUCGAGCCCAACUGGCCAUGUGCUACACGAGAAGAGAUCGGUUUCCCUGUCGCACAAGAGACAGCGCGUGGACGGUGAUUCCAUUGUGCCUGUUCGAAUCGGUCUCCGUCAAAGUAAUCUGCACACUGGUUACGAGAGAUUGAUGGAAGUCUCCCAUCCCACUUCGAAGAACUAUGGCAAACAUCUUUCCAAGGAGGACGUCCACUCAAUCUUCGCUCCUGCUGAAGAGACUGUCGAGACGGCGAAGAAUUGGUUGCUCAGCACGGGCUUGUUUGGAGAGGACGAAAUCAUCCAAUAUGAGAACAAAGGAUGGCUCGCAGUCGAUAUGCCUGCCAAGCACGCCGAAAGUCUCCUCGGCACCGAAUACUACGAGUACGAAUCGAGCGAAGGGGACAUCAGAAUUGGGUGCGACGAAUAUCACCUCCCAAUCCAAGUCUCCAGUUAUGUCGAUUACAUCAAACCAGGCGUGAAGCUCUCUGUGCCUCUCAAGAAGAGACAGAUUGAGAAACGCAGCACUUUUUCGGGCCUGUCGAGAGGAAGUCAUCGUCCAACGCAUGUCAAACCACCACACUACCCGGGCUGGUCAAUGCCCCCUGGAGCAGGAAACUUGCCAUCAGAUCUCCAGAAUUGUGGUGUCAAUAUCACUCCGACUUGUAUCAAAGCUCUAUACGACAUUCCUACAGCCUAUCUCGACCAGCCAGAGAAUGUCAUGGGUUUAUAUGAGACUUACGACGCUUUCUCGCUGGGCGAUAUCUCACUCUUCUUCGAGAACUUCGCAAAGAAUGUGCCUGCAGACACUGCACCAAAGGUCAUCUCAGUCGACGGCGGCACUGCUCCAGUUGCUCCCGACGAUGUUCGCAACGGAGGAGAGUCAGACAUUGACCUUGACCUGUCCAUCUCCCUCAUUUAUCCACAAUCAGUCACCGUUUAUCAAGUCGAUGACCUACCCAACUCCUCUGGAGAAACCAAUACCACCGGCUUCUUGAACACUUUCCUAGACAGCAUAGAUGGCAGUUAUUGUGACUAUUCCGCAUUUGGGAUCACAGGAGAUAGCCCUGGCAUCGACGCCUCAUACCCUGAUCCCACAGCAGGAGGAUACAAAGGCAAACUAGAAUGCGGAACCUACGAACUUACACGCGUUGUAUCAAUCUCCUACGGCGAAGCAGAAGUUUAUCUCCCAAAGAACUACGUCGAACGCCAAUGCAACGAAAUUAUGAAACUGGGUCUCCAAGGUCACACUAUCCUGGUGGCCAGCGGUGACUAUGGUGUUGCCAGUUUUCCAGGCAGUAACGGGAACGCAGAAGGCUGUCUCAGCGCCGCAGGAAUGAAUGGUACCAUUUACAACCCAGACUAUCCCUCAGGCUGCCCAUACAUCACUGCCGUUGGAGCAACAAGACUCUAUCCCAACGACACAGUUCACGAUCCCGAGUCCGCAAUGCAAGUCAACCUCACAGCAUUCAACAUCGCUACUGGUGCUGGUCCAACUUCUCCACCCUACGACUUCUUUGCCACAGGCGGUGGUUUCUCAAAUUACUUCACUCCAGCACCGUUCCAAGCUGCUGCCGUCUCGGCCUACCUCGCCCAGUCCGAUUUACCUUUCCAAUCCCUACCUUACUAUACUAUCAACGAGGAAGCCACAAACAUUGGCGAGAAUGGUGGUCUUUACAAUCGUAUUGGGAGAGGAUACCCAGAUGUAUCUGCGAACGGAGCGUUCUUAUUGACAUUCGUGAAUCUGACUGCAGGAACCUAUUUUGGUACCUCACUCGCCUCACCGAUUUUCGGAUCUGUGGUCACCCUGCUCAAUGAGGAGAGGACCAAAGUCGGAAAGGGGCCGGUGGGGUUCAUCAACGCGGCGCUUUAUGCUAAUCCGUCCGUUUUGAAUGAUAUCACUAAUGGCUCAAAUCCCAAUUGCGGCUCAGUAGGUUUCCAAACCUCGAAGGGCUGGGAUCCUGUUACUGGGCUCGGGACACCGAAUUAUCCUCGGAUGCUGGAAUACUUCUUAAGUUUACCAUAGUUGUCAUCCCAAAUACUUAAAUUCAACCAAAUAAACAUUCACAAAUACCUCCCCAAACCCAAACACACUCCCAAUAAAUUCACCCUUUUCAUCCACUCAGCCAACCCCUUCGCUAGCACCUCAGCCUUGCCAGCCUCGCCAACACCAAACCACCAUAUAUAAAG